AUAAGGAAGAAAAUUUUUCGAUAUUGCGUAAUUGUUAUAUCACUUUAUGACUUUGUGACUUGAAACAUUACAUUUUUUUUACAUUUUUUAAAUUGUUUUUUAUGGCAACAGUGUUCAUUGUAUUCGCAGAACUAUUUUGUUAUAACGUUAAAUUUCAGCGAAAUAAUUAAAUCUUGAGAAAAUAAUUUUUUUAUACGUAUUUGUCGAGACGCGGUCAGUACGCGCCUUAACGCAAUUAAACGAGAUCUUCUCGAACUCGAUUGGGAGAUCGAUUGGUACAUAACCGCCACUUGAACCGUGCGGCACCGUGGCAGCAACACUUCCGGCGGAACAGCAUUGUCGCGGAUGAUCACGUGAUCGUAGGUCGACUUCUUCGUUUGUGGCCACGAGGUUUUGUAGUGAAAAUUAAGUUUACCGGGUGGAAAAGGCCCCCUAUUUUUGUAGUUAUACAAAAAUGCCCUCCAGCAACCCGUUGCCACCCAAAGAAAAUGCCCUGUUCAAGCGGAUCUUGAGAUGCUAUGAACACAAACAAUACAAAAAUGGGCUGAAGUUCGCGAAACAGAUCCUGUCAAAUCCCAAGUUCAGCGAGCACGGGGAGACCUUGGCGAUGAAGGGUCUCACGCUGAACUGCCUGGGCCGCAAGGAAGAAGCCUACGAUCAUGUGCGUCGUGGCCUCAGAAAUGACCUACAAUCCCACGUUUGCUGGCAUGUCUAUGGUCUUCUGCAGCGCUCUGACAAGAAGUAUGAUGAGGCUAUCAAGUGUUACAGAAAUGCGCUCAAGUGGGACAAGGACAACAUUCAAAUUCUUAGGGAUCUGUCGUUGCUACAAAUUCAGAUGCGGGAUCUGGAAGGUUACAAGGAUACCAGAUAUCAAUUGUUUAUGUUACGUCCCACUCAACGAGCGUCUUGGAUUGGAUUUGCUAUUUCAUAUCAUUUGUUGAGAGACUAUGAGAUGGCACUGAAAAUUUUAGAUACUUUUCGAAAUUCUCCAAUGAUUUGUUAUGAUUAUGAACAUAGUGAGUUGUUGCUGUAUCAAAAUAUGGUUAUUCAAGAAUCGGGAGAGUGUGAACAGGCGUUAAAACAUUUAGACAAGUAUAAUGAUCAAAUUUGUGACAAGGUGACUGUCAAAGAGACUUAUGGUAAACUAAGACUUCAAUUGAAACAGUAUGCAGAAGCAGAACAAGUUUACAAGGAACUACUAGAUAUUAAUCCUGAAAACACGACGUAUUAUACUAGGUUAGCAGAGGCUGAGAGACAUACUUCACCAAGUGAAACGUUGCACAUGCUCCAAAGAUAUGAAGAACUCUUUCCUCGAGCGUUAGCACCACGCCGUUUGCAACUCAAUUACGCGAUAGGCGAUGAAUUUAAAAUUUUGGUUGAUCGAUAUUUGCGGAAAGGACUUCACAAAGGUGUACCGCCGUUAUUCGUGAAUCUUCGUUCACUGUACACUGAUAAAGAAAAGGUCGAAAUCAUAUCAUCUCUACUUGUGCAAUACAAGGAGGCAUUAAAACUUCACGGCCAUUUUAGCGAUCAAGAAAAAGAUAAUCCGCGAGAGCCGGCGUCCGCUUUAUUGUGGACCUACUACUACUUAGCGCAACAUUAUGAUUACCUUGGUCAAACAGAGAAGGCAUUGAUUGAAAUUGACGCUGCCAUAGAUCAUACUCCUACACUUAUAGAACUUUUUGUUACCAAAGGACGCAUUUACAAGCACGCUGGAAAUGUUCAAGAAGCUUAUAAAUGGUUGGAUGAAGCACAGGGGUUAGACACAGCUGACCGAUAUAUUAAUUCUAAAUGUGCCAAGUACAUGCUCCGCGCAAAUCUUAUUAAAGAAGCGGAGGAGACAUGCGGGAAAUUUACGAGAGAAGGAGUCUUAGCUAUGGAAAACUUGAACGAGAUGCAGUGCAUGUGGAUUCAAACGGAAGCGGCCAACGCAUACAAACGUCUUGGAAAAUAUGGAGAGGCAUUAAAAAAAUGUCACGAAGUUGAUAGGCAUUUUUCGGAAAUCAUAGAGGACCAAUUCGAUUUUCAUACGUAUUGUAUGCGAAAAAUGACGUUACGCUCUUACGUGGGUCUCCUAAGGCUAGAAGACGUUCUUCGAGCUCAUCCGUUCUACUUCAAAGCAGCGAAAUGUGCAAUGGAGGUCUAUUUGCGGCUACAUGAUUAUCCUUUGCCAGAUCCAGCACAAACACAAGAAAUCGAUACUGAAAAUUUGGCGCCAUCCGAAUUGAAAAAGUUAAGAAACAAACAGAGGAAACAACGCAGAAAGGCCGAACUCGAACGACAGCAAGCUGCCCAAGCCCAAGAGAAAAGAGAACAACAUAACAAAUCUCGGCAACAGAACGACCCUGAUCUCGAACAGCCCACGCUAGACGAAUUAAUUCCGGAAAAGUUGGAAAGGGUUGAAGAUCCAUUGGAGCAAGCGAUAAAAUUUCUGCAGCCCUUGCAAGAACUGGCGUCGAAUCGAAUAGAAACGCACCUUAUGGCUUUCGAGAUAUAUAUUCGAAAAGGCCGCACUCUUCUCAUGCUACGCUCGAUAAAACGCGCACAUAGAUUGGACAUGAACAAUCCAGAUCUGCAUACGUGUUUGGUGCGUUUUCUGUUACACAUCAACAAAUCGCCAUUGGAAGGAGCAGUUGGCGAGGUAGUGAAGCGUCAGACAGCUGGGAUCUUCUCCAGUACAAAGGCGGCCCAACUAAACGCCGAAUACUUGAAGAAGAACAGGAAUUCGUUACCGCAUCUGCUGCAAGGUGCGAGAAUGCUGUACGUCCUGGACCCGUCUGUACAGAUAAAGGCGCUAUCCCUUGUGACGAACAUCGAGGAUUUCGAAGGCGUGACGUUGCAGAACUGUACGAAGGUGCUCGAUGCAUUGCGCAACGGCGACUUCGGACACUGUGACGACACGAUAGCCGAUUACAUGACGAAAUGCCACGCGCGGUUCCCAUUUGCCACUGCGUUUCGGCCGCCCGAGCCGAAAGCCAACAAUCAUCAAGAGAAAGAGAAUUCGAUCAAAAACUGAUCCAGGUACGCGCUAUUGCAGCGUCACUGAAUCACUAUCCUAAUUAGACAAGUUAAUGGAGAGCCCCGGGGUAUGAAGGAGUUCUUCUAAUCUGCAUUAAAGAGGAUUUAAAAAUCACGUUUUAGGUGCCGUGGUGAAAAAAAACAAAAUAAAAUUGGCGAAAUAACUAAUCGAGAGUAAAGCAUGUGUUACAUAUGAACGUGUUCUUCGGGAGUAUUUCACGUAGUGCGAACGCAGUGCUGGGACAGUGCUGGAUAAACAAUCCUAAUAAAUUGUAAUAAUAAUGACAAGGCGCGGACCGCCUGCAGCUUCUAGGACAUGGUCCGGAAUUUUACAAGAAGGAAGAAAAAUAAUGAGAAAAAAGAGAGAGGACAACUUAGCUAAAUAUUAGUUAACAAUCGAGACGGAUUAAUUUGACACGUUCUGCUUAUCGUGGGCGGCGACGCUAAACACGAGGAGUGGGAUAGAAAUCGAGAAAUGGAAAGAGGAAUAAUCGACAAAAGUGCGGACUGUUUUGUAGUACGGGACGUGCAGUGUGUAAAAUAACACGUGCGAGACUAUUGGUACAAAAAGACAAGACUUGUAUACAUACAUACGCGCGCUCAUAAAUGCGAAUAUUUCUACUCGACUUAAGGUGUAUAAUUUCCAGCGAUGCCUACAUAAUAUACUCUACUAUGUAGAGGCCGCUAGAUGAUCAUCGAAGCACCGAAUACUGUACCGUCGUGCAUGUCCGUCGUCGCAUUUGGAUGGACUCCGUUCCCACAUCGUGUAACUAACUUCUGGUUCGCCUUACCCGUGAACCGUUGAUUUCAAUCAACAAAAAAUGAUCUAACGCUUUUCCUCCUAGACACAUUUUAUUCCUGCGUUUUUUUUUACCCAGGGUAAUGAUCUGCGUUUGGAUUGGAGCCCUGCUAUUCCAUCAAGUCAAUAAGGAAGUAGUGUCCGUUUGCGAAAGUCUCUGUGAAAGUUACUAUAGGAACGAUAAACUCUCUGCGUUUUGUAUACGCAAACUACCAAAGUAUAUCAUAAAUCGAAAAGCCGUUAGUGUGUUAAUAGCAAAUAUCAUCGUACAUGUGUACAUCGACGGAUUGCGGAAAUUUUAAUAAAUACAAGGAUUGAAAAGCCUACCGGUACAAGUUAAAAGAUUAUGAUUACCUCGUUUGAUUGCCGAAAAUAACGCUACAUAUUUAUAUUAUAAGUUUUCAGUUUUUCCAUAAAAAACACAUUUUCGAUACGAGAUAACAUAGAUAUAUACUACCGAACUAUUAAAUAAUGUUUGUACAUACAUUUCAGGUACUAUAUCAAUAAGUGUAUGUCUUACGACUUUCUUUCAAAUAAGCGACAAAUGAAGUUUGCCGCCAAUCAAUAUUGUCUGAAUGUUUAUCACCUACUCAACACGUCAUCACAACAGUAAUCAUAAAAACAUAUAGUAGAUAUCUACGUUUUGAUUGUAUAUUAGUUAUAAUAUAUAUUUACCUCUUUAAUCAAACCGUAAAAUAUCUAAUACCGGUUGUUAUAUUAAAAUGAUGAGUAAUAAGUCGAUGAAUUAAUUUAACGAGAUUGGUUGUCCUCUGAAAUAAUUUUUUAAUUAUUCCUUCCGUAAAUGCAUGAAGAUGCUAUAAUGAAAUUAUAGAACUUUAAUAAAAAAAAAUUAAUGCAAUCGUUUUUGUUGAUUGUGGUGAAAUUACUCUAGAAUGGAAACCGGUAAAUAUUUAGGCCGACUCUUAAAAACUAUUAUAAAUUACUACGUUAUUGUGUAUAUUUCUAUUAAUUUAUUAAAAACAAUUGGACUUUAUGGCCGUGCAUCUAUUGAAGAUUUUAGUCUCUUUGAAUUUUUUACUUUUCAUUUGAGUGAAUUUUCUACAAAAGUAUGAAUGAAUUUUGUACUGUAAUUUUCAUGUGUUCGUGAAGAAGUUCACACAUUGAUUGCUCCAAUCUUUAUCAGAGGUUAUUAUCUCUAUAUAAAAACUUUUAUCACGCGCAUAUAGACAGACAUAAAAACAAUUUAAAAUAAAUAUUGCUAAUUGCGAAUUGCAUUCACAUUUGUCAAGAGCUGAAUUUAGAUUCGCUUUUCAAUCCCCAACAUAAUAUUGCACGAGAAACUAGCUUGGGUUAUUAAACUAUAUCUUCUUCCAUUUCUGAAUACGAUUAGAAUUCAUCACAAAGAAUUAGAAUAAUUAUAGUAAUAUUUUUUUUAAUUUUAUGGUAAUGCUAAUUAAACGGAUGAUUUUGCGCAUAUGAAUAUCUGGACAUUGAUAGGAUACAUAGUCAAAUAAAAUAUUUUUGGCAAUUUAAAUUAUUUCAUAAUGUCACAAAUAAUAGUACUUCAGAGUCCAGCAACAUUUUGUUUCAUAAAGGUGUAUAAAGGAUGUAAUUGUAUUAAUAAAUAGUAUAUUUACUUGUUUAUUCUGAUGUAUAUCAAAUAAGUUUCAAAUGAAAGAAAUCGAAAUAUUGGCAUGAAUUGUAAAUGCCAAUAUUCCAUUUCGAUAAACGAUAUUCUAAAUAUUUACUUAUUGAUUCGAUUACAUCGAUAUAUGCGAUGCAUAAUAUGUACCAUAAUCUUAAUUUUCUACAAUGUAAUGUAAAAGAUUUCUAUGUGAUGAAUUCAAAUUCCGUAAUGUAAUCACGUUUAUUGUCUCUAACUUUUCCUCGCAUUAUACUCACGACUGAGGAAACAACUGAAAUAGCGUUUUAAUUGAACGAAUUCGAAUAUGUAUAGUAUGUACAUAAAACACGUAUUAACACACGUGCAUAUAUAUAUAUACAUAUAUAUAUAACUAUAUCACUAACUAUAUAUAUAUGUAUAUAUAUAUAUGUAUCAAACGUCUUUAUUGUUUAAUCGUUUCUUUUUAUUAUAUUACAUCACUAUGGAAACAUUUAGCAUGUAAAACUGGUCUACCUUUGCUUCGCUUAAUUCGAAAAGAAAAUAAACAUUGUUACAUAUUUCUAUUACGCCAUAAGUACAUUGUAUCACUGUUUACAUUUGUACAGCUGAUAAAAUGCAUAAACAGAGAGAGAAAGAGAGAGAGAAAGAGAGUUGUGUCAUAUACUUAAAUCUUAGUUUUACUGCAAUUGUUUUGCUUUCUGUACAUUGUUUUAUUUAUUUUUUCUCCACAUCAUCUGGUUAAUUAAUAUUAGAAAACGGGAUUAACAGAUCUGUGAAGAUUGAGGGAAAGCGGCAGGCUUUGCUUUGCCUGCAUUUGUACCUAUUCUUAAUUAAUACUUUUAUAUGUAAAUAUUAGUGUCUCUGAACUUCCAAAACACACAAAAGAAAACAAAAUCAAUAUCCAGCAAUACAAUCAUAAGUUGUAUUUUCACGUGCUAUCUGGUGGUUAACAAUUAUUUGAAAAGGAUUCAUUCUAUGAAAUGUCAAGUGAAAAAAUAAAUAAAUGAAUAGAAACACA